AUGGUACGCGUUGCGAGUCUGCCCUCUUUAAAAAAGGAAGCCCCUACCGCCGCCGCCGCCGCCAAUGCCCCUGCCGCGCCUUCUGCACCGGCCCCCGCUCCUGCUCCCAUUCCUGCUGGUGCCGCCGCUGCGACCGCCGCCGCGACCGCCGCCGCGACCGCCGCCGCGACCGCCGCCGCCGCACUUGCCGUCGCGCCCCCUGCCGCCGCCACUCUCCCCCCCCAUGUGGCUAUAUACACCCGCAGGGGGCGGGUCCAGCAGUUUACUAUAAUCUCUCCUGCUUCUUACGGGUAUAUCUAA